ACUCAUGGCUACCGGUGCAGCCAGGAUGGUAUAAAACCUUAGCGGCAGUUCGCCGUCAGCCCAGCAGACGAUCCCACAGGGAAGGAGACAAGCAGAGCUAGCGGACAGCAGCAGCUAUGCCACAGGACACAAGGACUCAUACAGACAGAGCAGUAUUGGCGCUGACAACCUUGGUGCUUGUCGCCUUCGUGGGAGCAGAUGUAGAGCCUACUGGAACCACAGCGCCCAGCGUGCCUACUGACGGGUCCCAUACACCUAAUGGAACAGGAAGUGUGGAACUUCCCCGUGUCCUGAAGGUGAUGAGUCCAUGCACUGGUGAGAAGGAGAAUUUCUGUGUGAAUGGUGUCUGCGGCUAUGACCCUGAGCUCAACACCCCCAGCUGCACGUGUCCGCCAAAUUUCACAGGAGUGAGAUGUCAACACAUUCUGAUGAACUCGCAUAGCCAGGAAAACCCAGAGGCACUUAUUGCCAUCGGGGCUGGUGUUGCUGUGCUGCUCUGCUGCCUUGCUGGCGCCAUCUACUGCUGCAUGAAGAAAAGGUGCAGAAAUACAAAUCAGCCAUAUCAAAUUUGUCGACCUGAACGUGCAGUCUGAAGACCCAAGGGGCGCGGAGGAAGACAUUGUGGAUUCCUCUCCAUCACAGUUUUCAUAGAUUGCAAGUAGUUUUAACAACAAUCCUAGGAUCCAUAUUUUUUUGGGGAUAAUUUACCCAAUGCACGUUAGCAAGCCUUAUCUCAGUCUAUGAUAAUCCAACCAAUUUCAGCAAAUCAUACUGUAACAGUAUAUUUGCUGUAAUAUUUAUGAUUUGACUUGUUUCACAAGGCCUGAUUUCAUGCCUACAUAACCUGCCAUUUCCUAUAUUUUAUCAGUGUGUCAUUCUUUAUUUUGUUUACAGAAAAAUGUUUUAGGGUAGAAAAAGGGUUUAGGGACUAGGAAAAAUACCAAGCUAAACCAGGAAGCAAUAUUUAAGCAUCUUCAGACAAUUUGAGACUAAAUGGUUGAUCCAUGUUUACCAUCCAUAAUCUUCAUCAUCAUCAUUCUGACACCUUCAUCAUCCUCUUUUCCAAAGGUUGAGCUUAGGUUCAGGCCUUUGGUUUGUGACCAUAAAGAAAUAAUUACCAUGUAAAUAAAAGCAAAAAGUAUGUAAGGAUAUUUAUUUUAAAUGAAUAAUUUAUUAAGGUAUGUGUAAAGUAUAUAUUUAACAAUUUUUCUAAUAAAUUUUCUCAAAAUGAAAAA